AUGUUUUCUCUCGUAUUUUGGACAGAUAACAAGUCGGUCAGCGUCGAACCAACGGAGAGAGUGAUAAAUUCUUCUGGAUUUAAAGCCCGUGUGAAAUGGGGAAAAAAAAAAUAUGACGCUGUCAUACUAGCCCAGUCAGAUGAUGAGACCUGGAUAAAAAACCUGUCCGUGAAUAGGCAGGGUAUUAUCACGGGUUAUAUAGGAGAGGGUGUACCGGCGAAUCUGUCUACCGAGCCGACUGAUGAAGUAAACCACGAUGAAACCGACCAAGAAGAACAGGACACUGAAGUACAGGACCAUGAAGUACAUGAUAUUGGAGUACGAGACACGGAAGUACAGGGCAAUGAAGUACGUGAUACUGAACAAGAGAAUUUAGCAACGACUGAAUUGGUGCCAAACUCCGGGGUGCUCAUAGCGCCGAAUAUCCUGCGCGGGAUAACGCAAAAACACCGAAAGGAUGCACGUAAAAUGGCAGGGGCCUUGAUUAAGGCACUUAUCGUCAGAGACGAUUUGAAGAGAAUGUGCGCAAUGGGGAGUAAAGAAUAUUUGCCCAUACCACCGGAAAUAAGAAAAGCAGUUGAAAAGUACGUUUAUCAAACCGUCGAAAGCGAGAAUCAGCUGACGCACGAAGAAUUUAAGCGCUGCCUAACACGACUGUGUUCCAAUUUGCGAACGCGGAAAUAAAAAAAAAACACUCGUGAAUUGUAGGGGAACGAUA